CAACCAACUUUCGGAGAAGCGGAUUUGCAGCAACUUGUCAAGCGAAAGGGCUCUGUGAAAGGCAUUGAUAAUGAGGAAGUAAUUCCGGAUGAUGCUCCAACACCCCGUGCUGAAUUAGACCAACAUUAUCUAACAGAUGGGGACAAUGAACCUCAGCCUUCAAAUCUCUCUGUCGACUUGGACACCUCCUUGACGGAGAAGUGCAACAAUGCAGAGCCUGAAGGCGGAGCCACUAUUCCAACUGCUUUGGGAGAUCACGAAUCCAAUCACGAAGUUCAUGUUGCUGUAGAUGAAGGCAACGCUGUCGAUGACGCGGAUGUUGAUGAUGACGACGACGAGAAAACAGAACCCUUCGCUGCUUCCUCUCCAUUUUCCGACGUAACAGCAGUAACAACAGAAACUCCCUGCUGGUUAAAAGAGGGCCCUCUACGUGCUAUCUAUCUUCCUGUGGCACAGGAACUCUUGAAUGAGGCUGUGGAGAGGACCCGUGGGUGGUCGGUAACUCAUUUGAUGGCGUUGCACUCUGAUUUGAGUGCUAAUACUCAAAGAAUGAGUUUUUCGGCAUUUCUUGAUCCUCAGGAGCUUAAAUCUGCCGCUCGAAAUAAGGUUGAUGGUCAAGUCCUUUGUUGGCUUUGUACAUACAAUUAUAAGGUUGCCAAGUCAAAACAACGUCAUGAAAAACGUCAUGAAAAGCGUCAUUCAAAGCGCAGUAAUUUAGGCGAAUCUACCUCCAGGACUCAUGACUCGCUAGGCUCUUCAAAGCGUCAACGAACAGAGGAAAUACCGAGUCGGACUUCAUUGGAUCGUUCGGCUAGCGUGUUAACUGAUGGUCUAGGUUCCGCAUACUCUGACCAGAUGGUGACCAUAAGCCAACUACAGGAUGAGAUGCGUAACCUAAAGCGGACACUGGCUCAGAGGGAUUCGGAAUUGCUAGCCAAGGACCGUGUGAUCGCUGGUCUUCGGGCUGAUUUAGGUGAUCUUGAGGCUCAGAGACGUGAACGUGAAUAUAGAUCUCAGGUCUUGGCCGAAGAGGAGAUUGAAAAACUUAAGAAAGCUGAAAUCUUGGCCUCUCGAAAUCUUGCGGUGAAACGCCGUCGUGCUAUGAACGCUGACGGCCUUUCCCCUCUCAAAUUAUCACCUCUUCGUCUGCCGCCAAAAUUGUCCACUUCUGCCUCAACACCCCAUCUUACUCCAGUUUUAGCUUCGAAGGAAAAAUCCAAGACCCCUCUAUCAACUCCAAAGAAGGAGCCUAUCACCCCCUCAAAAUCUCCCAAACAGGAGGAGGUGUCUACAGAAGCUACUGAAAGUAAGAAAGUAACAUGUUCGCCCUCGAAGUCUCCACGUGAGGUGGGUCUAGAGUCGGCACCCCAUUCGGAUAAAGUAAAAAGUGAUCAUGGAAAUGGGAAUGGAGAAGCCGGUAAGCGGGAUGAUCAACUAAAUGCCAGCAACCCUGACGGUGGUGAAGAAAACCUAAAGUGUUAG